UUACAAGAAAGUACACAAUUUAGCCAUCAAGAAGGAGAAAUUGGAAUUCACCGAGCAUACUGGAAAGGCGCCAUUGAAGAAUUGUUGAAGUAUGAUUUGCAGGUUUCCAACGAAGAGUACCACAUGACCCCUGACUAUAUCGUCUACAAUGCUGACUAUGAAAUCGAUUCGAGCAAAGCUGGUACGAUGAAAGGGAGAUUCUGUCAAAUAUGGCGAAAGAGCAACGACAACUACCUGAUCUUGCGGGAGGAAUAUUCUGCCGCAUAAGA